CUAAUGCAAAGUAAGAAAAGAAAAAAAACUAGGCCAAACAGACCUAUUUGUAAAUACAGACCCAAGCCCCCAUUUUCUGAAAACAAUUGGCGUAGAAAAGAGGAAGAAGAAGAAGAAGAAGAAGAAGAAGAAGAAGAAGAAGAAGAAGAAGAAAAGCCCAAUAGGCUGGGAUGUAAAUCCUGA